AUUGCCAGUCUCCUCCAUCUCACCAAACACCGAGCAUGCACGUCUUACGCCGGUUAUAGAGGAGAAUAUCUUUAAAUAUUCAGAGUGACCCGUGAGCCGAAGCGCGCCACCAUGGAGGCCGUCAAAGCCUUUAACAACGAGCUGUACACAUUGACUGAGUACAAGCCGCCGAUCUCUAAGGCCAAGAUGACUCAGAUCACCAAGUCAGGAAUCAAGGCCAUAAAAUUCUACAAGCAUGUCGUCCAGAGUGUAGAGAAGUUUAUUCAGAAGUGCAAGCCAGAAUACAAAGUCCCUGGGCUGUACGUCAUCGACUCCAUUGUCAGACAGUCACGGCACCAGUUUGGGACAGAGAAGGAUGUUUUUGCCCCUCGCUUCAGCAAGAACAUCAUCACAACGUUCCAGCAUCUUUACAGAUGCCCUCCAGAUGACAAGAGUAAGAUAGUGCGAGUCCUGAAUCUGUGGCAGAAGAAUGCCGUCUUCAAGAGUGACAUCAUCCAGCCUCUGCUGGACAUGGCUGCAGGGAUUCCUCCUCCCAGCACCACUCCUGUCCUGCCCAGCAGUGCUGCACCGAUCAAUAACACUACACCUGGCACCCCAGCGACGCCCGCCACUCCAGCAAAUAUAGUCCAGGGUCUGCCUGACUGGGCCUCCCAGAUCACAAACACAGAUACUGUUGCUGCUGUCGCACAAAUCCUGCAGAGUCCCCAGGGACAACAGCUGCAGCAACUGGUCCAGAGUCUGCAGAUGCAGCAGCAGAAGCCUCAGCCAUCCCUGCUGCAGGCCUUGGAUGCUGGCCUGGUGGUACAAUUACAAGCUCUGACAGCUCAGCUUACUGCUGCCGCCACUGCCAACAGCCUCAACCCCCUGGAGCAAAGAGUCUCCUCUUUUAAUAAGAAACUGUUGGGUCCUUUUGACUUUGGGAACGAUUCAGAACGUAGCGAGGAAGCUAAAAAGGACUCCUCAUCUUCUCAAAUGCCCAUGGUGUCUGAGCCCAUGAACAGCUCACUCUUUCAUCAACUGGCCGAGCAACUCCAGCAACAAAACCUGGAGCAGUUUCAGAAGCAGCUGCUAGAGCACCAGCAGAAGGCCAUGAACAUCGAAGGGCAGGACUCAAUGUACGGGCAGGAAAACUCGGUGCCGACGGCUCAGAGCAGCUCUCAGCCACAGCUUCCUGAGCCGGAGAACAAGAUGGACGACUCCAUGGACAACCAGCAGCAGGAUAUGGAUCUGGAUGAGGGCCCUGAGGGAAUGGAGGAGGAGAUCUUUGAGGCAGAAGAGAAGAAGACCCUAAGCACGCGUUCCCAGACACGUUCUAGGUCACGCUCUAGAUCUCCCAAACGAAGAAGGUCCAGGUCCCGCUCCGGCUCACGGAAACGGAAACACCGUAAGCGCUCCCGUUCCCGCUCCAGAGAUCGCAAGAGGAAGUCGUCGCGGUCUUACUCCAGUGAAAGACGGGCCCGGGAACGAGAGAAGGAGCGGCAGAAGAAAGGAUUACCACCCAUACGAUCCAAGACUCUUAGUGUUUGCAGCACGACACUGUGGGUGGGCCAGGUGGACAAAAAGGCCACUCAGCAAGACCUCACCAAUCUGUUUGAAGAGUUUGGUCAGAUUGAGUCCAUCAAUAUGAUCCCUCCUAGAGGCUGUGCCUACAUCUGUAUGGUCCACAGACAGGAUGCAUACCGCGCCCUUCAGAAACUCAGCACUGGCUCCUUUAAGAUCGGCUCCAAGAUCAUCAAGAUUGCGUGGGCUCUGAACAAAGGCGUAAAGCAAGAGUACAAGCAGUUUUGGGAUGCAGACCUGGGCGUCACCUACAUCCCAUGGGAGAAGGUCAAGAUGGAUGAUCUGCAUGGUUUUGCUGAAGGGGGAAUUAUUGAUCAAGAAACCAUCAACGAUGAGUGGGAAACAACCAAGAUCUCCGAACCAGCCAAGGAAGUUACAAGUCAGGUGGUUAGCACUGAGCCCACAGUGGUGUCUAAUACCCAAACGGAGACCUACAACCAGCAGGUUACCAUGAUGCCUGUACAGCUACCAGUAGCCCAGGCAGUUCCUGCUGCCAUAAGUUUGGUGCCGCCUACGUUUCCUGUCACAAUGGGCAUACCUCCACCAGGCUACGGACCACCGCCGCCAUUUUUAAGACCUGGCUUCAAUGCAUCUCAGCCCCCACCAGGAUAUAUGCAGGCACCACAUACCGCGGGAAUAGCCUCCGUAACUACAUCUCUAGUGCAGCCUUCAGUGGCCUCCAACCAAGAUGCAGUGAUGCCUCCAACCAGCACCAUCCCCGGCAGCUUCCUGCCCUCGGCCAUGCCGGGCGCGGGUGUUUUUAACCCGGUUGGAGUCCAACCUCAGCAAACCAACAGUGAGAAGUCUGCAGAGGGCAUGGAUGCUGCAGCAGAGCUCACACUACAAGGCAUGCAGAAUGCAGUCCGCAGUGGGAUGGGUCUCCUUGGAAUGCAUCCCCCAGCUUCCCUACCCCAUCCUCUGCAUCAGGCAGGCUUGAACGCACCAAGAAUGCCCGGCUUGUUGCCCCUCGAUGUACGACCCAACCUCCUUCAACCGGGGGCGGCCGCCCGCUUCCCGCUCCUCAUGCAGCAGGGUCCUCCUCGGCAAGCAGGCGGUCUCCUUGACAAUUCCCUUCAUGCCCGUCCCAGGGCUCCCUUCCCUCAGAUGGACCCGUUCACCAGACCCCCCAACCUCUCCAAUGAAAGUGUCUCCAAAACAGAAGAUGAGUCCUCUGGUGCUGAUGAGGGCAAAGAUCAGGACUACCGCUUCCCCCCUAUGGAGAAGCCAAGCGUAGGCCUCCUGCCGACCCCUCCACCAGAGCACAGGGAGCCUCUAGGAGGUGGUGGGGGGGUUCCAGGAGGAGGGAGACCUCCGUUGCUCCAGACCCCUGGAACUCAACCACAGAGGUCCAGCUUAGCGGGCCGUUUGCAGGCUCUGGCAGGAUUCAGUCCCGAUAACCGCUGGAACCAGGGUAAAGGGGACUUUGAUGAGCGAGACGGCAUGCGAGGAGGACCACCGCCCCCAGGUGGUCCCAAAGGCUUUCAGGACGAGCGUCCCCCGCCGGGGCAGAACUUCCCCAAUCGCUUUGAUAACCGACCUGGUGUUACAGGUGGGCCAACAGGGGGACCUGUCGGGGGCCCGCACCCCUGGAACCGCGGAGGUGGACCCACGCCUCCUUUCAAUAGUGAACAUCAUAAAGACCUGGAUGACCGAAGACGUCCGUGGGAGAGACAGAGAGACCGAGACGAACGAGAUUUUGACUUCAGGAGAGACGUGAACGGCAACCGGCCAAACCGCGAGCGAGAGCGGGAACGGGAGCGCGACAGGGAGCGGGAACGAGGCCGAGAACGCCCCAGGGAGUCCGAACGCGACAGAGAGCACGACAAGGAGAAGGAGCGUGGCGGCUGGACGCCUCUCCUGCCGCUCACCACGCCACUCCUUCCUACUCCUCCCCUCAAUCCCAACAGGGCGCUUAAUCAAGGGAAACUCCUCGCUCCUCUUAAACUAAACCCCCUGGUUCCAACACAUUUCCAGUCCUCCCGCUUUGCUCAAGGUCAGGCCAAAGCGCCUCUCCUGAGUCAGCCGCCCCCUCAGGCUCAGCUUAGGUACCCUCCUCCAUCACUGAACCCGCCGCCCGUUUCUGAGACCCAGGGGGAAGCCCGGGUUCCCGCUGAAACGCCUCAGGCAAAGUCUCCCCCCUCUGCCGAGUCGCCCCACCGGUCAUCCGACGGCAAGACUCCAAGCACGUUAACCGAACCCCCCGCUCAGUCUGAGCCGCCACAGUCAGAGAGCCCUCCACAGAUGCAGUCCCCCCCGCCCGUCGCCCAGGCACCCACAGAGACCACUGCUUCCCCAGACACUAAGCGGCCCAGCCACGACUCACCUCUGGGCUUCUCACAGGCCGGCAGCCCCCAAAACGAUCGGCCUCGCUCUACGGAGAAGCAGGAAGAGCCGCAGAAGGACGAGAACGGGGGACCAGAGAGGGCCCCCACACCCGAACCCCAGUGGGUAAAUGGACCAGGUCAGGACAGUGUCAGCACGGCUGAGCCCACGCCAGAGGCCUCCCCUGAAGCCGAGCCCAACCCAGGCCCUGCCUGCGGUUCUCCGCAGCCUCAAAGUGAAGCCGAGCCACGGCAGGAGCGACUGUCGUCUCCUAAGGACCUAAACAAUGAACAGAGUGAGCCCCAGGAGGACGCUCCGAGUCAGCCAGUGGUAGACACUGUCACAGACACUGAGGGGACAUAAUCAUCACUCAGUAGGUAAAAGAUCAUUUUGUAAAGUUGUCUCUUCUUCUCUGUACUCAUGUCAGCAAACUACCACCACAGCACGGGACAUGACGAAUACUGACUCACACCAGUUGUUGUCUGAUACGCAACGACAAAAGAUUUUAUCCCUGACAAAUACCAGUGUACUUACAUAGAUGGCUUAUCAGGUGAUUUACGGAUAGAUUUUCUUUGUAUUUUAUUUCCUUAUUCCCUUUUUUUUUUUUUUUUUCAGUUGUAAAACCACGCCACCCUUCUUAAUUAAUAUAAGCUCGGUAAGUUUUAUUCAAUUGCCUGCCAAGAUGUUUCAAUUGUAUAUGGGGAAAUUUAGCUUUGACCUUCCUAUGGAAGACGGUGGGAAAUCCUGGUUGUUCAACAAAUGGAUUGACUGCAGAAUAUGAGAUACUUGAAAACAGCAGCUGCUCGCCCGGUCUGUCUCCUCCUCCUGUUAAAGCGAUGCUGCAAAGUUUUACAACUAAUGCUUUUAUGUUGUUUCAUGAACAUUUCUGUGUCUAAGCAGAAUUAAUAUAACCUGACUCUCGCCAGAUGGAUUUCGUUCGGCAGAGCUCCACAUAUCUGUCUGGGGAUCGCUCCAUUGGGAUGCAUUUCACGAGGGGCCUUAUCAGAACUGCAUUUGUCCGCCAUUUUUACUGAUGUGCUAUUUCAACCACCCACAUUGAAACCGAAAACAUCGUUUCCACUAACAAAAGCCUUCAAAGCUGCUCUCUGGUGUUCUUUUAAAGAACUAAUAUUUGGUAAAUUGGACAACACUGAUGAAAUGGCAGCAUCAAUGUAACCGCUUGCUUCCUGCGAGCCACCAUCUGAAUUCAGUCGCUUCUCUGAUGCAUAACACUUACAAAAAUCCCGCCCGGCCAUCCUGAUUGGCUCACGCAUUUUAUGUGGUAUUGAAAUCCCUCCCAAUGGCAGCGACUCCAGAUGGAUGUGCGGAGUCGUGUGGAGCUCGGCAGAACUACAUCCGUCUGGCGAGAGUCAAGUUAAGACUAAUUGCCUUCAUAAAAUCACAGCGUAAACAGCUGCUUUUAUUUGAGGAAAGAAAAUCUGAUUUUUACUUUGCAUUUUCAGAAGUCUGUUUUUCCUCCCAAAUUUGACAACAGUCUGUAAUUUGUUUCUAAUAAUCCAAUGACUUAAAAGAAGUACAUAUAUAUAAAAAAUAAAUAAAUCACGUACUAGUGGGGAGGAAAAAGAAAAUAAACGGAGCGAUGUUCUGAUGUCGGGCUGCAUAUUGUUUUAGUUUGAAAUAAAUCUGCUCUUUCUGUUCAAAACACAUGCUUUAGAACUGUUUUCUGACCCAGGACCAGUGGAAAAAUAAGACUGCUUUGCUUUUCAGACUCGUACACACUGUGUGCUGUGACUUCAGUCGAUUUGACGAUCUCAAGUUGCUGCUAUACCAUCCAUCCACAGAGCGCUUUGUUGGAUGCAACCGUGGGACUUUUAGAUAUUUAGCUUCUGAUGACUUCAGCCUGUAUGUUUGCCUAAGCUUUUCGCUGGGUGACUGUUGAUUAUGGCUCUGUGCCUUUCUUUGAAUGGAUUUGUCGUUCACGAUGCUACCCGACACCUCUGUGUGACGCACGCCAGACUGUGCGUGCGAGUGUGUUUCAGAGGGCUCUCUGAGAAAGAAGGCCGCCAGCACAGAACUGACUUACCUGCCGAUUUGAAUGGUAGCUGCACAGAUUGUACAGCACUUGCCUGUGCAUGCAGGCCUCCUGUAGCCAUGUUUUAACCCUCCUGUCUCUCUUCAUUUCAUACUUGUAGUGGGUUUUCUGUUGACACAUACUACCAGAAAUCUAUAGUCUGCUGUUCCUCUCAGACCAAAUGUCUACUGCAGGAGUUGUGAUGUUAAAUAAAAACUGAAGGUGAAUCAGA